AUGGACAGCUUGUUCUGCGACCCUGUAAAAUACACCCAACACAAGAAAAUCACCAAAACGGUCAUUAAACCCUCCAAACAGAGCCUCGAUAAACCAAAUCCCCAAGAACACCGGAAUUUCCGAAAUCUCGAAGAGGCCCCUAAAAUAAUCCGUAUUUCCGUCACAGACCCCUACGCCACCGACUCUUCCGACGACGAGGGGAUUUUCCGCCGGCGGCGCGUCAAGAAAUACAUCAGAGAAAUCAGAAUGGACGCCGGCAACUGCACCAACGGCAGGAAACGGACCGCACAGAGCAUCCACCCACAACCCAAUCCUGCAGGGGCGGCGGAGAACGGCGGGGAGAGGAAGUUCCGCGGAGUCCGGCGGCGGCCGUGGGGCAAGUGGGCGGCCGAGAUCCGGGACCCCUGCAAAAAGGUGCGGCUAUGGCUGGGCACCUACGACACGGCGGAGGAGGCCGCCAUGGUAUACGACAGCGCCGCCAUUAAGCUCCGCGGCCCAGACGCCCUCACCAAUUUCUCCAUCCCGCCGUCGUUUUCCGGCUCCGGCUACGAUUCCGGCGAGGAGUCCCACAACCUCCCCUCGCCCACCUCCGUGCUCCGGUUCAGGAGCGUGGGUCAGGAGCCGAGCCCGUCAGUCCCGGUCCGGGAUAAUGAGGUGAACCGGCCGGUCUGUUUUCCCGAACCGGUUCAGCCAAUGAAGGAGUGUCGAGGGGAAACAAACGUGGUGCCCGAAUAUUCUAAUGACUACUUGCCCAUGGACUUGCCAUUCUUGGAUUCUUUCUUCAAUUUUCAACCGCAGGAUCAAAAGUUGUUUGAUGACGUGCCGAGCUUGGAAGAGUCCGAUGAGUUUGCAAAGUGGGCCGAUCACUUUCCGGCUUUGGAAUACAAUUUUGGGGAGAUUGAGGAUUCGUUUCAAGAUCUCGAGGGGGUCAACGUCGAUGACUACUUUCAAGACGAUGUUGCUAGCGGAGAUGGGCUCUUAGUCCUAUGA